AUGUCCAGCUCUGCAGAUCUUGAUAACGACGACUAUGUCGCCAAGUUGCUCACCGAAGACGCCCGCAAAAGUUCGAUUCGAUAUGCUUCGAUGGGCACCUAUGCUUUGAUGGCUAAGAGACCGGCCAAUGCGGCUCCCAAACCCAACACGCGCUUCCUCAAAACACUCGUACGUGAAGCCGACAACCACAAUGCGGCCCUGAAGAAAAAGGAAGAACUUGAGGCAAGAAUCCGUCUGAGGAACUUGAGGGGUGCCAAAGAUUCGCACACGGUGGACCGUGAUACUGUUGGCCAGAGGAGACGUCAUAGUCACCCGCAUCGAGAGAGGGGCAGUGAAGGCAAGAGGCAUAUGAGUGACGAUGAAGAGGGCGAGAGGAACGUAAGAUAUACUAGAAACGAGAAGGAGAGGAGUGAUAGAAGAAGUCGGAGUCCCGAGCGCGACGGGGGCGGGGAUGAACGCUCACGACGGAGGGCAAGGAAGAAACACAGCGAUGACUACUCUGGUAAAGACGAUCGGGAGAAAAGAUCCCACAACCACCAGUCAUCAAACAGGCCAUUGUCUCGAUUGAGAUCAAGGAGCAGAGAGAUACAAGGCAAAGACAGAGGGCGGCUAGAUCGGAAAAUCCGGCACUCCCAUCGAGACUCUGCGGCCCGUCCAGAGCAAAGGCGACUUGAUAAUGAGGACGAGACACAUCGCUCCCAACAUACCCAACGUCGAAGCCGGAGUAGCUCGUCCAGUUCAUCUGCGUCCUCCGAUCCGCUGCCGUCGCUCAUCGGCCCCCGUCCACGGGACAAUAGAACCACGAGGAGGGGUCGCGGAUUCAGCCGCAACCCACGGAGUUCAAAUAUCGACGCACACUUCUCCUCAAGUUAUGAUCCCUCUCUCGACGUUGACACCGAAGAAAAAUCCUAUGCGGAAGGCCAAGGGGGAGGAGACGACUGGGACAACGCCCUCGAAGCGCUUCGAGAUCGUCGCGCCUGGAAAGCCAAACAGACAGACCGCAUGCGCGAGGCCGGAUUCGACGAGGACGAAAUCAAGCGAUGGGAAGCCUCGUCCGCGCGGCCAGGAAUCGGGGAUGGAGACUUUGAUAUCCGCCAUGUAAAAUGGCGGAAACCGGGGGAGGGCAGGGAAUGGGACGCUGGUAAGACCCAAGACGAGCCGGACGAGGUCCAUCGACAGGGAGGCGCUUCAUCCACCCCUGCUCAACGAGGCUCGGUUGUGGGUGCACUCGAGAAGGCCUGGCGCGGACCGGAGAAUGGGUUGUUGAAGCAGUUCCGCAACGCUCUUGGAUAG